AUGAAGAAAUUCGGCAGCCAGUACUGUCGGCCAGCAAGAAGAGCUGUUUUCAACCGACUAGGGGCACAAAGCCCUGGUACCUCGGCGGGCCACAAAGACGAAGUCGUUCCUAGGCCAGUGAAGACUUUCAAUCCACCGGUCAUAUGGGAUGACCGUUGGUAUCAUGCACGACCUGGGGGCAGCGCCGAACCGCUGAAAAAAACCCAGCUGAGAAGGAUGCAGAGACAAGUUCAGCAGGCCAAGAUACAGACGGCCUAG